GGUUGCCAGGGGCCGGGCUGCGGGGCGGGGGCAGUCGGCUGACGGGAUAAGAAGGCGGGCAUGAGGCGGCUGGUGUGUCAGAGGCUCGGGGGGACGGUCCGCUUCGCUUCGGCUGCAGAUACGUCCAGCGCACCGCAACCGCCGCUAUGCCCAUCAAGGUCGGUGACAAGCUGCCUUCUGUCGAUGUCCAUGAAGGGGACCCCCACUGCAUCGUCAACAUCGCAGAGCUCUUCAAGGGGAAGAAGGGGAUCCUGUUCGGCGUGCCGGGGGCUUUCACACCGGCCUGCCAUAAAGACCACCUGCCCAGCUACGUGGAGAGCUACGAGGAGCUGAAGAAGAAAGGCAUCGACAUCAUUGCCUGCAUUGCUGUCAACGAUGCUUUCGUCAUGAAGGCCUGGGGCAACGAACAGAAGGCCGACGGGAAGGUACGGAUGCUGGCUGACCCCACCGGUGCCUUCACGCGGGUGAGUAACAAAUGGCCACCGACCCCUCUCUCCCCGCGAGAGCACGGUGCAGCAGGUAGUGCCGCUGGCUCCAGGCCCCAGAGACCCGAGUUCAAUCCUGACCUCCGGUGCUGUCUGUCUGUGUGGAGUUUGCAUGUUCUCCCCGUGACCGCGUGGGUUUCCCUCCCACAUCCCAACAAUGCGUGGGACCGGUGGGUUAAUUGUCCCCCCCGCCCCCGUUGUGUGGGUGAGGGGUAGUUGAUGGGGGUGUGG